GCGAGAGAGUGGGAGGGCGAGAGAGCAUGCAGCUGCGGUAAGAGAGCAACAACAAAAGCAAACAAGGAUAUUAACGAGGACAAUCAGUCAAGAUGAGUGAUGAUCAAACGCUUGCAGCACAGAAUGAUGAUAAAGUUGCCAAACAGCAAGUCGUUGCCUACACGCAGAAGUCGCAGGUCAAGCACGAGAAUCGGCACAUUCAGCUGGUGCGCGAAUAUGGCUUCCAUCCGCGGACGAAGGCCUCCGUGGAGGAUGGCGAUGUGUUGCCACGAAAGUUUGAGCCGUUUCCGGAGGAUAUGUACGGCAAGCCGCUCGAGGAGAUUGACACCUUUAUAUAUGAGGAGACGUUUUGUGUGGUGUCGAAGCGUUUCCGAAAGAAUUAUAUACAUCGUUUUACUGGCACCAAAAGCCUAUUCCUCUUCCAUCCAUGGAGCCCAUGGCGACGAGUCUGUGUCUAUAUAGCAACAAAUCAAUUCUUCGACUACUGUGUAAUGGCAACUAUACUGUUUAACUGUAUAUUCCUAGCCAUGACAGAGACUGUGGAGGAAGCGGAAUAUAUCUUCCUGGCCAUUUACUCAAUUGAAAUGGUUAUCAAAAUCAUUGCCAAAGGCUUUUUGCUCAACAAAUACACCUAUUUGCGUAAUCCAUGGAAUUGGCUGGAUUUUGUGGUCAUCACUAGUGGCUACGCGACCAUCGGCAUGGAAGUGGGAAAUCUGGCCGGGCUGCGAACAUUUCGUGUGCUCCGCGCACUUAAAACGGUAUCCAUUAUGCCGGGCCUGAAAACGAUUAUCAAUGCACUGUUGCAUUCGUUUCGCCAAUUGGCGGAGGUCAUGACCUUGACCAUCUUUUGCCUGAUGGUCUUUGCGCUGUUCGCCUUGCAGGUUUACAUGGGCGAAUUGCGCAACAAGUGCGUGCGAAAUGUGCCCACAGAUUGGACGAAUAUAUCGCAUCUGGAUUGGAAAAUCUGGGUAAAUGACACGGACAAUUGGCUGUACGAUGAGGACGAGAUGCCGACGUUAUGUGGCAAUCUGACAGGCGCUCGUCAUUGUCCGAUGGGCUAUAUGUGCAUCUGUGUUGGCGAUAAUCCCAAUCAUGGCUAUACGAAUUUCGACAACUUUAUGUGGUCCAUGCUGACAACGUUUCAGUUGAUUACGUUGGACUAUUGGGAGAAUGUAUACAAUAUGGUUCUAGCUACAUGUGGUCCAAUGAGCGUUACAUUUUUUACAGUGGUUGUGUUUUUUGGCUCUUUCUAUUUAAUCAAUUUGAUGUUGGCUGUUGUGGCCUUGAGCUACGAGGAGGAGGCGGAAAUUACAAAUGAAGAGCGCAAAAAGGAUUUACUGGAUCAUCGAGAUGAUUCCACUUUUAGCUUUGAUCCUUCAGUGCUGAAUGUCAAGAAGCUCAAUAAAAACAAUAAGAAGAAAAUUGAUUCACGCAAAGGCGUGCUGCUCGCCUCCUACAGCAAAAAGAAGACGCGGCGAAAAAAGGGAAAAGGAGGCAAAGACAAUAUCAGCAUUGGCAAUGGCAACGGUAAUGGCAAUGGCAAUGAUCAUGGCAAUGGUAAUGGUAAUGGUAAUGGCAACGGCAGCAAUGGCAAUGCUCAUGAGCGAUCUAAAGUGCACUCGGCUACGCCGAGUCCAGGACGGAGUCCGCGGCACAGCACCACGGAUCGUCCUUCGGCUUUGGCGCUGCAAGCACAGCAGCAAUACCAGCAAAUGGAGCAACAGCAUAAGCAGCAGCAGCAGCAGCAGCAACAGAAACAGCUUGUUCAAAGCGAAGCAGCUGCAACAUCGCAGCAGCGAACACGCAUCAGCUUUAGAGAGGGUAGCGUUAAGAAUCCCAAUAUGCUGUAUCCCUCUGACUAUAAGGGCCAGCUAAUCACAAGCAGUCGCCAGACGAGCUCCAAUUCAAGUGGAGGCGUCAAUCGGGAAUCCUCUCAAGAUGAUUCGGGCGUGGUGGACGAUCACGACGAACAGGAAACGGGCAACGAAAUGGGUCACGUCUCUACAGUGGAGCUGGCUCUAUCGCCACGCGAGGUGCGCCUAAUCAAAUGCAAUGGCAACAUAGCGCGCAUUAAGAAUCACAAUGUAUAUGCGCUGCAUCAGGAGUUCUCCUCCGAAGUGGUCGUCAUUGAUGAUCUGCCUGAUCGCAAUUGUGAUCGCUGCGUGCACUGCUGCGCGGAUUACGAGAGCUGGCUACAAUUCCAGAAUUGCCUUUAUAAGGUGGUGCGUGAUCCGCUCUUCGAGCUGGCUAUUACGCUGUGCAUUGUGCUAAACACCGCAUUUCUGGCCAUGGAACAUCAUGGCAUGAGCGAAAGCUUUCGCAAUGCCUUAGAUGUGGGCAACAAGGUGUUCACAUCCAUUUUCACCUUCGAGUGCAUUGUGAAGCUGAUGGCUUUAUCCAAAGAGUUCUUUCUAUGUGGUUGGAACAUCUUUGAUUUGAUUAUUGUCACUGCCAGCCUGCUUGAUAUCAUUUUCGAGCUAGUUGAUGGUCUGAGUGUGCUGCGGGGUCUGCGCUUGUUGCGUGUACUGAAACUGGCGCAGUCUUGGACGACGAUGAAGGUGCUGUUGAGCAUCAUUAUAUCGACAAUUGGUGCGCUCGGCAACCUCACGUUGAUCCUUGUUAUAGUCAUCUAUAUAUUCGCUGUGAUUGGCAUGCAAUUGUUUUCCAAAGAUUAUACACCCGAAAAGUUUGAUCCUGAUCCGGUGCCCAGAUGGAACUUCAAUGACUUCUUCCACUCUUUCAUGAUGAUCUUUCGCAUUUUGUGUGGCGAAUGGAUUGAACCACUAUGGGAUUGUAUGCGUGCCGAAGAGGAGCAAGGUGCUUCCACAUGCUUUGCCAUCUUCUUGCCCACUUUGGUGAUGGGAAAUUUUAUGGUUUUAAAUUUGUUCUUGGCUCUGUUGCUCAACAGCUUCAAUUCCGAGGAGCUGAAAUCUAAGAAAGAGAUUUUCAAGAAAAAGGAGGUGGGCGAGGAGUCCAAGCUGGCUCGCAGCAUAGAACGCGUGCGUGAUUUGAUAAGAAAGAAGCGACAGGAGCGCAAGGAUCGUAAAGAGCGUAAAUUUGCAGAAAAGUUUCAGCAAAUCGUGCUCGAGGCACAGCAGCAGGCGCACUCUGGAACGGUGGCAGUGAGAGAAAUUGAUAAGCCAGGUCUGCUGGAGGAAACAAAAUUUCAUAGAUUAAGCUAUCAGGAAUCUAUGAAUCGUCCCGUUUCCGGCUCCGAUUUUGGCUUUCAAAUUCCACUCAACGAUGGCCUGCACACCAUUGUCGAUGGCCUGGAAUAUGAUGAGGAGCCAGCAGCACAGCAUCAGCAGCAACCUGUAGCUGACUCCCUGCCACCCACAUAUGAGUGCGCCAUGCUGCACGCCUCGAGCAAUGGCGUUGCCUCCAAUCUAACGCCCGUGGCGGCUGCUGAUCGCAGCCGAUUACAGCAUCAAAUCUCCUCGGGCGUGGGCACACAACAGAAUGAUUCGCUGCAGAACGAUUCGGCGACAUAUACGGAAUCCAUAGAGCUGCGCCUGCUGGGCCAAUACAAUUCCACAGAUACAGAUCCGUACGCCUAUGCAGCGGAUCAGCGCAGCGGCUCGCUGCAAGACACCGACGAAGCCUUCAUCAAGUAUCAGAAAUCGCUGCUAACACGUUCGCCUAGCUAUCGCAAAUCCCUCGAUCGUCUAUCCCAAUCCAGCGGGCAGUCGCAACGCUCUCUGCUGCCCUCGCGCAGUCUCAAAUCCGAGGAGAGUGCCAUGCGAAGACACUCUAGUGGGCACUCGCUUAACUCCAUUUCACUGGAGCAGGAUGAGCUGUUGUCACAGCAGGCGAAUUUGCGCGAGGAGCUGCUCAAUUGCGAUCAGAAGGAAUUGUUUCAGUUUCUGCAAGAGGACGAAGAGCUCUUGGGCAAGAAGAAGCCCACGACGACAAGCAGUAUCAAGUCGAAUCUUAGCUAUAUCUCCAAUUCCAUAAUGCAAACCCUGGACUCGAGGCACAGUGGCAGCCAUUCCAAUGGCCAGCAGGAAAGCGAACCACUGAUGGAACAGCACUCUGAAUUUGACAAUAUCAUACAGAGUUUCGAAAAAGAAUUGGAAGAGAUUAAGCGCUCGACUAGCUCGCUGGAGAGAAAGAUUUCAACACUCUCCGAGCCUUCGCCUGCAGCGGAUGAAGCAACCAAAGCGAUCAUGGAUCACAUAGCGAUCAUAACUGGCGCCUCGGAACGCACAGCUGCCGAUGAGGUGGUGCAUCCAUUGAAUCCCUACGAUAGCUACGAUCUGUCCACUGUGCCCCGACGCUCUCAAUCUGUCAGCGCUGCCGCCCAGCGACAAUCCGUAAAGCUCAAACGGCGUAGCUUAGAGAAGCAGCGCAAGAUCGACGAAGACUUUAGCAUAUCGAAUGAAAUACGCAAAAUCUGUGAUCAAAUACACGCCCCCUUUGCCGCAAUGGAGGCGCUGGCUGUAGCGGCGACCAGCGGCAGCCAUCAAUCCGGCAGCCAGUCGCCCUUCAUGAGACGGAAGAACGAUCCAUUUAGCGUGCAGUUCGAUCGAUUCAAGCGGCUGUCGCUGAUUGAGCGCGUCGAGGAGCUGCCCGAGGAGGAUAAGCCCAUAUCGACGCUGCGCAUUGAAUCGGAGAAGAUGCCGCGCAAGUUUCUCAACAGCGACAAACUGCGCAUGGACAGCCUCUCGCUGAAGAGCACCAAUUCGUAUGAGAACCUACUGAUACAGAAGCAAAUGUGUAGGGAUGCUGCCAAGCAGCCAGCCACGCCGCCCACGUCUUUGAAAUCGAGCAUUGAGCCGCCGACACUGGCGCAAAUUUCAUCGCUGAAAGCAACACCGCCGCUGGCUGCUUUGACUGAGCACCAGCAGCACUAUCAUGCGACAAGCAUACAGCAAACCACAACGCAAGCUGCCACAGCAGUAACAGCAACAGCAGCAACAACAACAAAGGCUGCGAGCACGGCUGUGAGUAGUAAACAACGCCGUGCCGAGCAUCCACAAUCGACAUUAGACAAAGCCGCUUCCUUUCAAUCGGCACGCACCGAGUCGCACAGCUCCGGCACAGCUUCACAUUUAGCUCUGCCCGGAAUGGGCAGCAGCAACAACACCAACAAUCGCCAGCAAGAGUUGCUUAGAGCUUCGAGCAGCGAGAAGACUGAGCCGUCGUUAAGCAAACCAUCGACGUUUGCACGACUCACCGAAAAACCAUGGCAUUGUCUGGUAUCCUACGUAGACGAUCUCACUGUCGGUGGGAGACGUAACUCGCAGGGCGCCUACAAUGAUCCCAUGACUUUUCCGAGCUUUGGCCAGGCGAAGCCGCCAAAAGUGCCAGACGAUUGUUUUCCACAAAAGUGCUACGAGCACCUGUAUUUCCGUUGCCCCUGGUUCAUGUCCUGCAUGGAUACGCCGAGUGCCAAGCAUUGGACACGCGUGCGUACGGCUGUCUUGACGGUUGUCGAUACUCCAGCCUUUGAGUGGUUUGUGCUAGUGUUGAUCUUUGCGUCUAGUAUUACGCUCUGCUUCGAGGAUAUCUAUUUGGAUAGCAAUAAGACUUUAAAGCGUGUGCUCUAUUGGACCAAUUUCUCCUUCUGUCUCAUCUUCGUCGUGGAAAUGGUGCUCAAGUGGUUGGCUUUGGGAUUUUCCAAAUAUUUCACCAGUUUUUGGACUAUACUCGACUUCAUUAUAGUUUUUGUUUCGGUUUUCUCGCUACUCAUUGAAGAGAAUGAGAAUCUUAAGGUUCUGCGCUCUUUGCGCACUCUGCGAGCGUUACGUCCGCUGAGAGCCAUCUCUAGGUGGCAAGGAAUGCGGAUUGUAGUAAAUGCUCUCAUGUAUGCAAUACCAUCAAUUUUCAAUGUACUUUUGGUUUGUUUAGUUUUUUGGUUAAUUUUCUCAAUAAUGGGUGUACAAUUCUUUGGUGGUAAAUUUUUCAAAUGCGUCAAUGAGUUGGGCGAAUUGCUGCCGAUUACUGAGGUCAACGAUAAAUGGGAUUGCAUUGAGCAAAACUAUACGUGGAUCAAUUCGAAGAUCACCUUCGAUCAUGUCGGCAUGGGCUAUUUGGCUCUACUGCAGGUGGCCACCUUUGAGGGCUGGAUGGAGGUGAUGGCGGAUGCUGUGGAUGCGCGAGGCGUCGAUUUGCAACCUCAGCGCGAGGCCAAUUUAUAUGCGUAUAUUUAUUUUGUUAUCUUUAUUGUGUGCGGAUCGUUCUUUACACUCAAUCUAUUCAUUGGAGUUAUCAUUGAUAAUUUCAAUAUGCUCAAGAAGAAGUAUGAAGGAGGAGUGUUGGAAAUGUUUCUCACCGAAUCUCAAAAACAUUAUUACACCGCUAUGAAAAAAUUGGGACGAAAGAAACCACAGAAAGUUAUUAAGCGACCUAUAAAUCAUUUUUUAGCUAUGUUUUAUGAUUUAUCCAAUUCGAGAAGAUUCGAAAUAGCGAUCUUUGUACUGAUUUUUCUAAAUAUGCUUACAAUGGGCAUUGAGCACUACGAUCAGCCCCAUGCUGUGUUCUUUAUACUAGAAGUGAGCAAUGCAUUUUUCACCACGGUCUUUGGACUAGAGGCCAUAGUCAAGAUUGUGGGUCUGCGCUAUCAUUACUUCACGGUGCCUUGGAAUGUCUUUGACUUCCUGCUGGUGUUGGCCUCCAUCUUCGGCAUACUCAUGGAAGACAUCAUGAUUGAUUUGCCCAUCAGUCCGACGCUGUUGCGUGUGGUGCGCGUCUUUCGCAUUGGCCGCAUCCUGCGUCUCAUCAAGGCGGCCAAAGGCAUACGCAAGCUCCUAUUUGCUUUGGUCGUCUCGCUGCCCGCCCUCUUCAACAUUGGCGCCCUGCUCGGCCUCAUCACAUUCAUCUAUGCCAUAUUGGGCAUGUCGCUGUUUGGACAUGUCAAGCUGCAAGGCGCGCUGGAUGACAUGGUGAACUUUCAGACGUUCGGCCGUAGCAUGCAAUUGCUAUUCCGUCUGAUGACGUCGGCAGGCUGGAAUGAUGUGCUGGAGUCGCUAAUGAUACAGCCGCCGGAUUGUGAUCCGUUCUUCAAUAGGCAAACGAACGGCGAUUGCGGCCAUCCGCUGCUGGCGAUCACCUACUUUACGAGCUUCAUAAUAAUCAGUUAUAUGAUUGUGAUUAACAUGUACAUUGCCAUCAUUCUGGAGAACUUCAAUCAGGCGCAUCAGGAAGAGGAGAUUGGCAUCGUUGAAGACGAUUUGGAAAUGUUUUACAUACGCUGGUCCAAAUAUGAUCCACAUGCCACCCAAUUUAUACACUUCUCGCAACUGUCCGAUUUUAUUGCCUCACUCGAUCCACCAUUGGGCAUCUCGAAGCCCAAUAAUGUCGCUUUAGUGUCAUUUAAUCUACCCAUCUCGAAGGGUAAUAAAAUACACUGUCUCGACAUUUUGCACGCGCUAGUUAAGCACGUGCUAGGUCAUGUCGAGGAGACCGAUAACUUCAAACAGUUGCAGGAACAAAUGGAUGUCAAGUUUAAGAAACAGUUUCCAACACGAAAAGAAUUGGAAAUUGUUUCAUCAACACGGAUCUGGAAGCGCCAGGAAAAGGCAGCAAAGACCAUACAGACCGCAUGGAAGGACUAUUUGCGGCGCAAAAGUGAAAAGGAACGCUCCAAUUCGGGCGAUAGCGCUACGCAAAACUCUAGUCCAGGCGGCUGGCAAUCGAAGCUCUCCGCGCUCAACUUCUUCCAUCUGCAGGUAAGCCGUCGUGGCACUGCCUGCUCCAGUCGCGCCUCCUCGCGCAAGUCCUCACGCGCCUCGGAUGGCUCUGAUCUGAGUGAACUCGCUGGGCCUUGGCUAAAUUUGCCUUUGAUGCUCGUCUCUGGUGCGGAUGACGUAGUCAAGGAUAUCAAACAGCAAAGCGAUGAACUGGGCAAACGCGGUAGCAUAUUUGUGGAAGCGCCUCGAGCAACUCGUCGCCGAAGCUUUUAUAAUUUCUUUUUGCGUCAUCAGGAUGCUGUCGAUGACAGCUUAACCUCACCUUCAGUACAUAGAAAAACAGCAAUGAACACCAGCAACAACAACACAACCUCAAUCUCCACAUCCGGCACAUCUGCCUCCGCCUCUACCUCUGCCUUCGUCUCUGCUAGCGCCUCUACCGUUGAAAGCGACAAGCAAACGCAACACCAUCAACAGAUGGCGCCAACUCCAACGCGUAAGCGCGCCUCUAGUUUUAUACGCAAGAAACCGCCCCUAGAAAGAGGUUUGUCAGCACAAAGCGCUUUAAGAGUUAACAAGAAUGCUUAUGUCUCGGAUGCCCCGGCACCGGAGGUGAUUGUGACGAAACCAUCGCCAGAGCAGCAAACACAUCCGCAUGUCCAUGCGCUCAGCCUACGGCCGGACAAUGCGACGCUCGUCCAUGUACUGGUGCAUCGUGAGAGCGAGGAGUACAAGGAGGAGGAUGAAUGCAGCCUCUCCUCCCCGGGCCAAGGCUCAGCAAAUGGCAGUGGCCAUGACAAGCCGAAACCGCCGCAAAUACGCAUCAACACUGGCUCAAUGGAGAGUGGAAUGGAUGCCUGCCUAAUGCCCACAGUGCAGAUAAUGGUCGACAGCCCAAAGGAGCCGCCUCGCGGCGACUUCAGUGCUGCCUAUACACCGACUGUCGAUGUGGAUGCGCCCAUUGAUGUGAAUGUACAAGGAGAUACAUCGCAAGUGUUCUACGAAUACAAUCCCGAGUCGAAUGUGGAUAAUAGCAAUGAUAUACAGCCCAUGGAUGCAAAGCUGCCGGAUACCGACGAUAAGCUGAGAUGACCUUCAGUUAAUGUGGCAGAGCCAGAUAAGGAACAGAAGCAAGAGAAGCGUUCAAGCAGCAGCAGCAGCAGUAAAACGAGCAGCUGCAGCAGCAUCAACAGCAACAGCAGCAGCAGCAGCACCUCAUCAGCUAGCCAGUCAAAUGGACAGCGUCCAAGUUGACAAACUCCAGUCUGAGAGCAAUUUUCACGUGCAUUUUGGAAGAGUACUUAUAAAUGCUUAGACCUAGGAACGGGRCAAACGUUUUUGUCCCACUUGUUAUUCUAGUCGACUAUAUAUAUACAYAUAUAUAUAUAUAAAGUUGCUUUAUAAGAUACUUAGACAGAACUAUCCAAUGUUUACAUCAUUCUAUAUACAUAUAUAUUUAAGUCUUGGCAACAGUGCGCUGUGCGUCCAGCCAAGUCUAGCCUAGCCUAGUCUUAGAACUAGAAUUAGCUUAGUUUUAACAAGAAAAUCAAUAUAAACUCUGUGUUAACAAAACGUGCAUUAUACCGUACAAGUGCGUACACGUUGUAAUACUCAAAAAUCAAAUCAAAUAGAAAAUACUAACAUUAACAUUAACAUAAACAGUAAAACUAAACAGUAACAUUAACAUUAUAUAUGAUAGAUGUAUGUAUAAUUAGAUACUAGUUAAAACGGUUGGAUUUUCGUUAUGACAGUCAGUCAGUCAAGUGGCUUUAUCAGCCGAUUUCGAAAGAUAUUUUAAAGGUUGUUUUUAAUUAUACAAUACAGAUACAAAUACAAAUACGAUACGAAACAUUCUUACAUGGGUAUAUAUACAUAUAUAUCGAUAUAUACAUACAUAACUUAACAAUCGCGUUGUAGACUUAGGCUUAGAGUUUGUUUUUCUUCAAUGCAAUACAUAAAUAUGCAUAUAUAUAUACGUAU